CUUUUGCAAUUAUUACUGGUGGCAUCUUUCUCACAGGCUGAGGAGACAGACUGCAGACAGAGAGGAGACACAGAAAACUCCCAUCUUCUUAAGGAUGGAGACAUUAUGCUGGGUGGACUCUUUUCUUUCCACACAAACUGGAUAGAAAAACAGGAAACCUACAUGAAAAAGCCCCUGCCACUACAAUGCAUAAGUUUGAAUUUCAGGGAAUUCCAAUUAGCCCAGUCUAUGCUUUUUGCAAUUGAGGAAAUAAAUAACAGUUCAGAUCUUCUACAAGGGAUCUCUUUGGGUUAUAAACUGUUUGAUACUUGUGGUUCUAUAGCCAGAAGUGUAAGGUCUGCACUGUCUUUGGUUAAUGGUGAUGAAAAUGAGUCUAUAACUGUGAAGGCAUGUACUGGACCUGGCCAUGUUCAGGCCAUAAUGGGAGAAGCUUCUUCCUCUCCGAGCAUGGCAAUAUCUACUGUUAUUGGACCAUUUCAUAUUCCGUUGAUCAGUCAUUUUGCUACAUGUGCUUGUCUGAGUGAUAAAACUAAGUACCCAUCAUUUCUCAGAACCAUACCCAGUGACUACUAUCAGAGCAGAGCUUUGGCACAUUUGGUCAAACAUUUUGGUUGGACUUGGGUUGGAGCUCUUAGAUCAAAUGAAGAUUAUGGCAAUAACGGCAUGGCAAUAUUUACAGAAACAGCCCAGCAGCUGGGCAUUUGUUUGGAAUAUUCUGAGCCAUUCUUUAGAACAGAUCCAUUAGAAAAAAUACAAAACAUAUUUGACAUUAUCAAGGGCUCUACGUCAAAAGUGAUUGUCGCUUUCCUCUCUCACAUGGACAUGGAGGUUCUUGUACAAAUGUUGUCUGCCCACAAUUUGACAGGAUACCAGUGGGUCGGUACCGAGGCAUGGAUUUUUGACUCUCAAACUGCAUCAAGAGAUAAGAAUCACAUCCUGGAUGGGGCUAUAGGACUCUACAUUCCAAAAGCCCACGUCAGUGGUCUUAAAGAGUUUAUGUUUAAUGUAAAACCACUCAAUUCAACAAACAGUGACUUGUUUACUGAAUUCUAUGAGGCAUUAUUCAGCUGUAAGUUCAGACAGUCACAAUCAGAAGAGAUUCAAAGAGAAUGUACUGGACAUGAGGAUCUAACUCAAGUGGAAAACAUUUUUACCGACAUGUCUCACAUGUCCAUUUUUAACAACAUGUAUAAAGGAGUAUAUGCAGUGGCCCAUGCACUGCACAAUAUUCUCAGCUGUAAUAAAACAUGCAACAAAAGUGUGAAGCUUGAUCCCAACACGAUUUUACAGAACAUAAAAAAGGUAAACUUCAAAACAAAAGAAGGUGAGAAUGUUUACUUUAAUAAGAACGGAGAUCCUGUUGCAAAGUAUGAAAUCAUAAACUGGCAGCCAAGAAAAAAUGAAAAAGUGGAUUUUGUCACAGUUGGUGUUUAUGACGCAUCGUUGUCUCCAGAAAAUCAGAUGAAUCUACAGAAUAAGUCUUUAAUUUGGGCAAACAACUCGAUGAAGGUGCCUGUGUCAGUUUGCAGCGAGUUGUGUCCUCCAGGAACACGUAAGGUUUUACAGAAGGGAAAACCUGUUUGCUGCUAUGACUGUAUAAGAUGUUCAGAGGGAGAAAUGAGCAACAACACUGAUUCUGCCACCUGUAUGAGAUGCCCCCCUGAAUUCUGGCCAAAUGACAAAAGAGACACCUGUGUAAUAAAAAAGACAGAGUUUCUGUCAUAUGAUGAGAUUAUGGGAGCACUGCUUAUCGCAGCCUCAUUAUUUGGAACAUGUCUGACUGCUGCUGUCGCUGUCUUUUUCUUCAGACACAGGAAAACUCCUCUUGUCAGAGCAAACAACUCUGAGUUGAGCUUCCUGCUGCUUUUCUCCUUGACUCUGUGUUUUCUCUGCUCUCUGACCUUCAUUGGACGUCCCUCUGAGUGGUCCUGUAUGCUCCGUCACACAGCUUUUGGCAUCGCCUUUGUCCUCAGUAUCUCCUGCAUUUUGGGGAAAACAAUGGUGGUUUUAAUGGCAUUUAAAGCUACACUUCCAGGAAAAAACGUGAUGAAAUGGUUUGGACCUGCACAGCAGAGACUCUGUGUUCUGGGUUUUACUGUUUUGCAAGUGAUUAUAUGUAUCAUCUGGUUAGCCACUUUCCCUCCAUUUCCAUCUGAAAAUGUAAAAUAUUUUAAAGAUAAAAUCAUCUUGGAGUGUGCUCUGGGUUCAGCUGUAGGCUUCUGGUCUGUACUUGGGUACAUUGGACUUCUUGCCAUGUUGUGUUUCAUUUUAGCUUUUCUGGCUCGAAAACUGCCGGAUAAUUUCAAUGAAGCUAAAUUUAUCACCUUCAGCAUGCUGAUAUUCUGUGCAGUCUGGAUCACUUUUAUCCCAGCAUAUGUCAGCUCUCCAGGAAAGUUUAGUGUUGCUGUAGAAAUUUUUGCCAUUCUUGCUUCCAGUUUUGGACUGCUGAUUUGUAUUUUCAUACCAAAAUGUUAUAUUAUUUUACGAAAACCAGAUAAGAAUACGAAAAAGAACAUGAUGGGUAAGGGAGUAAUAAAAUCUUGA